AUGUGCCAGGUAGAAUCUCAUAAAUCGCAAACCUGCGGUCACAAGUGGGCAACGAUUGUCAAGCACUGCCACGAGGGUGCAGGGUUCAGCGAGAAUUCUGUGCACGCAUUCACCAGAGCACGAACGGGCCUCUUUCAACCGAAAUACAUUCCUGCGCCGGCGGGGAGUUGCCCGAAUUGCGACAAGAAAGGGGACUAUGAUGCGAACGAGACACGCAUGAUCUUGGGGAGGAAAGACAAAGAGAGCAGGGGGACGUUGGGAAAUGGCUACACGAUGACAGAUGGGUAUGGAAAGCCGUUGCCUGUGUCGGGCUCCUACUCCCAAUCCCGCCCUGAUGGAUAC